AGCUAAGUGGAUCAACAUGUCAACAACAACACAACAGGAGGAGAAAGAUCUAUUGCCAUUAGAAUAUAGUACAAUGAAAGAGAAUUUGGCUGAUCUUGUUGAUUUAAUAGCAGGAAAUUCUCCGGUUAUUUCACAAAUAAAUAAUCACCUCUUUUCUACUGGUCUCAUUCCUGAAGCAGUACAUCAUAGUGUUACUGUUGAAACUGCUGGACUCAGUCCUUAUGAUAGAGCUAAUAAAAUGUUCUCCUCAGUACUAGCAACACUUAAAUGUCAUUCUGAUCCUAACAGUAUGUUCUCUUCUCUCAUUACUGCGCUAAAGAGAAUAGAACUAAAUGACAUAGCAUCCAAACUAAUGGAAAAUUUAAGAAAGAAAGGUGGUCAUGUUGAUCCUAAUCUAGAGCAGCAAACAUCAGUCAGUGAGGGACCACUUCAACCAGUGGAUGUCACUGCACAAUCCCCCAAGCCACAACAACCAACAAUCACUGAAUCGCAAUCAUCUACUCCUCCUACUGUCACGAAUUAUUCUCGAGUGGCCACUUGUACAUGUAUUUUGGUGUUAGUGCUAAUCUUAACAUUAGCUGGUGUUGGUGUUGGUAUCAGCAUAAGAAUCUCAUGUCAUUCCUCUAUUUCACUUAACCAGUCGAUGGAGAUUAGUGAUAAACAGUCCAGUAGUGCACUCAUUCCUGUACCUAAUAAUGUAUCUUCAGUUUUACUAAAGUCACUUAAUACUCAAGAUCCUUUUGAAGUGACGGUUUUUAUAGCAUCAUCUAUUCCCCCAAAUGGAACACAAAGACUUAAUGAAACAUAUUCUCAUGUCACUAGAUGUACCCCAUACAAUGUUAAUACUGGUGAUAAUCCAGUGUAUCUCCUCUCUGGGUCUAUCAUGAACUAUACCCUAACAGUGUCUGGUUUAAAUGACUCCAAAUGCAUGGCACAAUUAGUCGUGUAUAACAAGAGUAGUGAAUAUCUUGCAUGUAAGCACAACAGCUCAAAUGUUGUAAAAGCAUACUGCUUGUCCAAUGACACUGUAAAUCAUGUAUCAGUCAUGAUUAAUAAGUCUGCUGAGUAUUACGUUAGACUAAUAACAGAUGAUCCUACCAUUUCUGUUAUCACAAACAUUACCGUCUAUCAGGUGCACUAUAACACCUCCCACUUGAUUACUGCUAAUGAUUGUGAACAAAUAUCUAAUGAUGAUUCCUGUACAGUACAUAAUGACAAUGUAAAACAGUGGAGCUGUAGUAAUACUGAAUGGUAUGUGAUAUUGCAAUCUUCUUCUAAUGUGGAAGUGGAAUAUAACUACAAGACUCCAUCACACGACUAUUGUGCUUUGAGAAACUACCUCAUUGGUACACUUGUACUUAGUAUUGUGUUACCAUUACUCAUAACAUCAGGUUAUUGCCUUGGGACUCAGAGAGGGAAAAUCAUGACUAAGUGCAAAAAGAACAGAACUAGAGGAAAUUGAAGUAUUCAAUAAUACAUUUUAGAAAUUGACAUACAUCCGUGUACAUGUAUGUAUGUUCGAUGACAUGUAUGACAGCCAUGACCAAUUUUGAUGUAAUAAUUAUAUCUUUUAUUCAUUAUUUAUUUAUUGUUUUUAAAUUAA